AUGCCGCCAAGUCAGACUGUCAAUGGAACCGUCUCGGUGUCGGAUCUCCUGAAAAGAUUGUCAACUCUCGAAUCAGCCAAGAAAGUGUCGGCGGAAGAGAUUGCAGCAGCAGUCGCAUUGAUAUUCACGAACAGCCUGUCGCCAGUCCAAUUCGGCGUUCUUCUUUGGGCACUUCACACAACGAACCUGGAUCAUUCGGCAGAUGUGCUUGCAGCAUGCGCAUCAUCUAUGCGAGAGGCAGCGGCACAGGUCGAUGCGACGGCACUACACACUGUCGUAGAUGGUCGGAGAAGGCCUGAGGGUACCUACGGAGGAGGUCUGUGCGACAUUGUAGGGACUGGCGGUGACGGACACAACACCUUCAACGUCUCCACGACAGCAUCAAUAAUAUCCUCUGCAUUACUCAUGAUCGCUAAGCACGGGAACAAUUCCUCAACGUCCAUGUCAGGCUCAGCAGACCUUUUACAACAUGCACCAAGACCACCAAUAAUCGCAGCAACGACCGCAGGAAACCUGCCGCGGAUUUAUGAGAAGACAAAUUAUGCCUUUCUAUACGCUCGGGAGUGGCACCCUGGCAUGAAGUACGCCGCAGCAACUCGGAAGGAAGUUCCGGUGCGCACCAUCUUCAACCUGUUAGGACCUCUAGCCAAUCCAUUGGAUGACACUGGACUGGUUGAGUGUCGGAUCUUGGGUGUCGCCAGGAAAGAUAUUGGACUAAACUUUGCCGAUGCCCUGCGUCUUGGUGGAGCAAAGAAAGCUCUCGUCGUGUGCGGCGAGGAGAACCUUGACGAGCUAUCCUGCGCGGGUCCUUCUCAGUGCUGGUAUCUCCACGUACCACCUGGCUCUGGUAAAGGGCACGUAGAGAUCACAAACUUCACGCUCACACCAGAGGAUUUUGGUCUGCCAAGGCAUUCACUUGAGACGGUGCACGGCGGCAAAGGUCCUGCCGAGAAUGCUGAGAUACUCAUGAGGAUCCUUCGAGGAGAAAUGCCAGACGAUGAUCCAGUGCUUCACUUCGUGCUGUUGAACACGGCGGCUCUCGUCACUCUCAGCGGAGUUUGUGAUGCCGAGGAGAGCAACAUGGGUUCCGGGGAUGAUGGUAAGGUGAUUCCGGAGAAAGGCCCUGGCGGCUUGAGAUGGAAGGAGGGUUUGCGCAGGGCGAUAUGGUGCGUGAAAAGCGGCGAAGCGCUGCGGCAGUGGGAGAGUUUUGUGGACGUGACGAAUUCCAUGCCCGCGCAAUAG